AUGCAUAUUGAAAAGUUCCUAUUUUUUAUUUUUUUUUUUUUAAUAAAAUUAUGUGUGUGCCAUACAGAUGAAGAAGUUAAGAAGGAAAUCGUUUCUAUAAAUUUCGAUGAAUUUAAUAAUAUUUUAAAAGAAGAAGUAAAGUAUACACUUCUAAUAGUAUACACACACUGGUCAUACAAUUCAAAUUUAUUAUUAGACAACCUAGAUAAGAUAUCAAAGCUUUUAUUAGAUGAAGAGAAUAUAAAAUUAUGUAAAAUAAAUGCAGCAUUAAAUACAUCUAUAAUAGAUAAGUUAGAUGUAUAUGGAUACCCGUCUUUAUUUAUGAUUAGAAAUAAUGAAAUACAUAGAUAUAAUGGUAUGAAUAAUAUUAGAGAUUUAUUAUUAUGGAUAUAUCAAUAUUUAGAUUCUAAAAUAUAUGAAAUUAAUAAUAUACAAAGAUUAAAUAUGUUAAUAGAAUUGAAUGAAUAUAAUAAUACUAUUCUAUUUUUUAUAUUUAAAGAUUUAAUAACAUCAAAUAAUAAUAUAAAUCAUAUAUCAUUAAUAAAUGAUUUAAUAAAUAUAUGUAUAUUAACUAAUAAAACCCUUUGUUAUUAUAUUAAAGAAAAGAAUGUUAUAGAAUAUUUUGAAGAAAAUAUAAUACAAGAUAAAUAUCAUUAUAAUAUAAAUAACAUAAAUAAAGAUUCAUAUUACUCUCUAUUAUAUAAAAAUGAUGAAUUUGAUGAUUACAUUUUUCCUCUUCAUAAAAAAGAAUUAGAUAUGUUAACUAAUAAGGAAUAUACAAACGAACAAAAAAUAAAUCUUUUAUAUAAUUGGAUAAGUGAAAAGGAACAACCAUUAGUUAUACAAUUUGCAGAAUAUUUCUUUUCUAUGUUAUUUUCAAAUGAUACUGUUACACUUUUUAUUAUUUACAAUGAUAUAAAAGAUAUUAAUAAAGAGGAUAUAAUAAAAUGUGCAAAGAAAUAUAAUAAUAAAAUAAAAUUCGCAAUAACUGGGACUACUCAAAUAUAUGAAAAGAGAUUGCUCAAUGAAUUACUUAUAGAUGAUAAUAUUAAAAAACCUGUUAUGAGGAUAACUGAGUUUAAAAAUGAUAUAAGAUUUCCUUAUAAAUAUAAGCCCAAAAAUGAUGACCAGGAAAUAAACGAAAAGACUAUCGAUGAAUUUGUUAAUGGCUACUUGCAAGAAAAAAAAUACUUCUAUAGAAAAAGUGAACGAGCAUUACCAGAUGAAUAUAACAACGGAUAUAUAAAAAUUAUUGUAGCUGAUAAUUAUGACAAUUAUAUUUAUAGAAAUGAUAUGAAUGUUAUUGUAUUAUAUUAUGCUCCAUGGUGUGGUCACUGUUACAAGUUUGAACCGAUUUAUAGAGAAGUAGGAAAAAGAUUAAAUUUAUAUGCAGAUAAGUUUAAAAAUUUUAAAAAUGAUAUUAUUAUAAGUAAAAUUGAUGCCGUAAAUAAUGAAAUAUAUAACAUAAAUAUAGAGGGGUAUCCUACCAUAUAUCUUUAUAAAAAGGGCGACAAAUUAAAUCCUGUAAGAUAUAUGGAGGGAAGGACUGUCAAAAAUAUUAUUACGUGGAUUUGCGAAGAGACACAAUCAAAUAUAGACAUAUCAGAAUUUCUUAAUAUCGAUCUUGACAAUGAACAACUAUUUGAAAAUUAUGAAGAAUUAUAA